GUCGAAGACAGCCUUAGAUAAAGUAUCUAUUAAAUCAAAAUAUUUAUUUAAAUAAUACUUAGGUUGGUAAAACAAAUAAAAAUGACGUUGUCCUUUCAAAUAAAGUUACUUAUGCCAGUUUUGCUGUUGUCACAAUAUGCGUACACCGUCGAUGUCAAGGUGAAGGAUGAUUUCCACCGUGGCAUGGACGGCCAAGGGCAGAGCUUGUACUGGUUUGGACCUAGACUCGGAAAACGCUCCGUUGAGGACCGCAGGCAAAGUCUCGCUAAGCUCUUCGAAGCGGCGGACAAUCUGAAAUAUUAUUACGAACAGUUGCCUGCGUAUGAUUCACAAUCGGAAAAUACUGAUCGGAAAGGCUGGAAAGUAUACUUCACCCCUAAGUUGGGUAGGAGCGUGAAUGAGAUGUACCAAGACGAUAAAGGAUUCGAGAAUGUAGAAUUUACUCCACGCCUUGGCAGGAGACUCCCAGAAAUGUUCGCAGUCACACAACCGGAUCAAGAAGACGACAAGCCAAACCCCGAACAGAAGGACUUAAGAACGAAGUUCUUCUCGCCCCGACUCGGAAGGUCAGCUGUCAGUUUCUCGCCUCGGCUGGGCAGAGACAUUCCUUACGAUAUUUACCCGGAAAACGUCAGGAUAACACGAAGCAUUAACGAAACUAAAUCAACCUAAUUGCGACCUUUAAAUAAAGAAAGAAAGAUUGUUUUUGAAUGAAAAGUACCGAUGCAUCGUGCAACGGAAAUUUAACUUAAUUUGUUUACAAAUAACAUGUACAGACGAAGAAAUAAGCUGACUGCGUUACCAUUUUUUAUCAAUGUUACACUUUCAUCAAUG